AUCAUAUUUCGCCGCUGCCCAUAUCGAAACAAAGCUGUGUUCCGAGCAUUCGGUGGACGGGCGAAUACUGUACCCGCACUGGUGUCUUUUGUCCUGUCGUAACCGUUUUGGUCGACCGUGUAAAACUAGAUUUCUUGUCACAAAUUGAAUCAUUCGAACACGUACGAUGUCCAAAUCAAUAGCGAACCGUACUUGCGAGACGGCCGGCUGCAACUCGCCAGCCAACUUGCAGUGUCCCACGUGCAUCAAACUCGGCAUUCCUGGUUCCUAUUUCUGCUCUCAGGAAUGUUUUAAAGGAAAUUGGUCUAUUCAUAAGGUUCUUCAUAAAGUUGGUCAAAAUUCAAAUUCAUCUUCUAAUGGUUAUGAACCAUAUAAUCCAUGGCCGGAUUAUGUAUAUACAGGACAAUUGAGACCUCAUAAAAUAUCUCCUGCACGUACUGUUCCUGACCAUAUUCAAAGGCCUGAUUAUGCAGAUCAUCCUGAGGGAAUACCUUUAAGUGAACAAUCAGUUAAGUUAUCAUCACACAUAAAAGUAUUAAAUGAAGAAGAACAAGAACACAUGAGAGUCGCUUGUAAGCUUGGUCGUGAAGUGUUGGAUGAAGUUGCAUCAAUGAUUGGUGUUGGAGUGACAACAGAUGAAAUUGAUAGAAUUGUACAUGAAGCAUGCAUUGAAAGAGAAUGUUAUCCAUCUCCAUUAAAUUAUUAUAAAUAUCCAAAAUCAUGUUGUACUUCUAUUAAUGAAGUUAUAUGCCAUGGAAUACCUGAUUCAAGAGCUUUGAUUGAUGGAGAUAUUUGCAAUGUUGAUGUAACUGUAUGUCAUCGAGGAUAUCAUGGUGAUUUAAAUGAAACAUUUUUAAUUGGCAGUGUAUGUAUAAAUGCUGAAAAAUUAGUAAGUGUUACAUGGGAAUGUUUAGAAAAGGCAAUAAAUGCAGUUCAACCCGGUGAAAAAUAUCGAGAACUUGGGAAUAUUAUUCAAAAGCAUGCUCAAGCCAAUGGAUUUUCGGUUGUAAGAAGCUAUUGUGGUCAUGGUAUUCAUCAACUGUUUCAUACUUCUCCUGGAGUUCCACAUUAUGCUAAAAACAAAGCUGUUGGUGUAAUGAAACCUGGACAUACAUUUACAAUUGAGCCCAUGAUAUCACAAGGUAGUUGGCGUGAUAAGUGUUGGCCAGAUAAUUGGACGGCUGUGACUGUAGAUGGGCUCUUAUCAGCACAAUUUGAACAAACAUUAUUAGUUACUGAUACCGGAGUUGAAGUUUUAACCAAACGUUUGGCUAAUAAUGGAAUACCAUAUUUCAUGGACUAUAUGCUAUAAUACUUCCAUUUCCUUUAUAAAAGGAAUGAAUUUAUAAUAUUAUGUAAAGCA